AUGAACGGGAUCAACAGCCCGCCAUCGAGCCCAAGCCUGGCACCCACCCCUGGCCUCCUUACGAGCGAGAUGGUUAAGGACUGCAUUGAAUUCUUCUUCGCCAACAUGUAUCCGACGAUGCCUAUCCUUCACCGUCAACGGCUCGAGCAGCAGGCCAUGUAUAUGGACCAGAGCCUCGACACCUACUGCCUGCUCACCUCAUUGUGUGCCUUCAUGAUGAUCCAGCCAGGAAUGGGAAUGCCCGGAGGCGACCCAUACGGACUUGACAGCAUGCCCGGGGCUAACAUUGUUUCUGGCACCUUGUUGAUGGAAGAGACCGUCCGUGUGCGCAAGGCAUACGACUAUCUUGAUUCACCCACUCUCAACACGCUCUGCACCAGCUAUUUUCUCUUCGGCUGUUACUAUGGACUAGACCUCCACGACAAGGCUUGGUUCCACCUUCGAGAGGCCACAACACUUGCCCAUCUCAUUGGAAUGAACAAGGAGGACACAUAUUUGCAGUAUGACAGCGUUGAGGCGUCCAGGAGACGUCGUCUCUAUUGGCUGCUGUUUGUCACCGAACGAGCCUAUGCCUUGCAGCGCCACCGACCUCUAACACUGCAAGCCACUAUUAACCAGCCCACACUCGGCGAUGACCCAGCCGACCCCUUGGCUCACCAUCUGAACGGCUUCAUUCUUCUCGUGAAUCUGUUCCGGCCCUUCGACGAUGCCUUUGUUGCACUGUGGAACAAGGGUCGCAAUGACUGCUCCGCAUCGUAUCUAUCCGCCCUCCAGAAGCAGCUGAAUGAAGUCUUGCCGCCUUACUUAAAUGUGGCUGACACACAGCUCGCCGACCUCCGCACUAAUCAGCAGUGGCUGAAGACGAUGACAUGGCAAUUGUCCAUGAACAGUGGCAACCUGAACUCCAACGGAAACGAUCCUCUGAUGUCCUUCCAGUAUCCCAUUAACAUCGCCGGCGAUGUAUUGUCCGCUACUUCGUCAGUAUCUCAGCAAACACUCGAGCUGCUCGGAGUGCCUUUACUCGCAAAGUUGUUCGAUAUUGCUUGUGCUUUAACAGAUGUGCUGUCAUUGCAGCCAGCAUCCCGAGAUCCAUUCACAGUUGGCCCUCGUGAGCACCUCCGUCAGCUCAUGAACUUGCUCUCCGUUCUUCGUAACGGCGAUCACCGCUUUAUGCCACUACUGCUCAGCAAGGUUCACGAAGUUCUCCCACGUCUGGCCAACCCUAUGCUCCAAAACGUUCCCGAGAAUGCUUGCAAUGUGGAUAUUUUCGACGGCUUCGGAAAUGCCGGCAUGGCUCAGCCUCCCGUCAUGUCCGAAUAUGAGAAGAAAUUUCCCGUUCCCCGUGUUGAGGAGUUGAGCAACGAAUCUGGCAGCCCUCAAAAUGGCGCUCCACCAUCAUCGAACGACAUGAGCUCGCCCUUUGUCAGUUCUCCCCCCAUUCUGUCUCCUCCUAUCGAGUUUUCGUCGCAGGGGUAUAGUUCCAUGUCCGACAUGGUGAUGAGUCCCAUGGGAGCUGGUCCAUCUUCGGCCUUCAAUAAUCCCGCCACUUCGAACCCGCAACAACCGCAACAACAUCCUUCUAUGUCUGCCAUGCAGAGCAUGAAUGCUCAAUUGCAAAAUGGCAUGGGCCCUUCCAUGAAUCAGCAAAACAUGGGCAUGGACCAGAACCAAGUGAUGAAUCAGGGCUUCAAUCCUAACAUGGGACAGGGGAUGGCGAACACAUUGAGUUCGAUGGGUCAAAUGUUGGUCAACAGACAAGGCCCCGCGCGUGCCAACAGUUACAACUUGGCGGGACCUCAAAUACGAACUAUUGGUGACUUCCACGCCUUACAACGAGCAAACUCGGACAUGAGCACGAUAGGCAACUUGGGUAUGAACAACAGCCUGGGAACGGAGUUAGACUUCAACACGUUGAGGUAG